UAGCAACCGCGCAGGCUUCCUUAGCAGCGAGCCCUAGUGCCCGUGGUGUGGGACAAGCUGGCGGGCCCUCCGCUGUCACUGGGGCUGCGUGUCCGGCUGCCCGGGGAUCACUUCGUCAGCUUCUGCGCCCUCCACCUGCUGGGCACCUUGGGCUCGGGCUGCCUGGCCCCGCGGCUGGCCGAGCUUCUAGGGAGACAGCAGGGGCUGGCUGGGCCUGUUUUGUGUGAAAAUGAGUCGGUUAUAUGAUACCAUAGAGCCAAAUGUGAUUGAUGAAAAGAUGCUUCAAAAAGCUGUGGAAGAGCAAGGGCCCCAAGAGGAAUUAGGACAGCUUGCCAAAAGGGAAGGCAUUGAUUACAAAGAUGUCACAGAGCUACAGCUUGAUUUCAGAAAUAUCCUGAAGAUUGAUAACCUAUGGCAGUUUGUGAAUCUGACUAAACUGCAGCUAGACAACAACAUCAUUGAGAAGAUAGAGGCAUUGGAUAGUCUCGUCCAUCUAAUCUGGCUUGAUUUGUCCUUCAACAAUAUUGAAGUCAUUGAAGGUCUGGAAGCUCUGGUUAAACUGCAGGAUUUGAGCCUCUACAAUAAUAGAAUAUCUAAGAUUGAGAAUCUGGACACUCUACAAGAACUACAGGUCUUCUCUAUAGGAAACAAUAAUCUAACUGCUUUGGAAAAUGUGGUCUACCUCAGGAAGUUUAAAAACCUACGCACAUUGAAUCUCACUGGGAACCCUGUCUGUGAAAAUGAACAAUAUUCAAUGUUCAUUGCUGCUCACCUUCCAGAUCUGGUGUACUUGGACUUCAGGCUUGUGGAUGAGAACACACGAGAACUUGCAGACAUAAAAUAUCAGUACGUCAUUGAUGAGCUAAAGCAAGGUGAAGCACAGGCCCUGGCUAAGCUGGUGGAAGAGCAGGCUAAGCAGAAAGAGUUGGAGCACCACAAGGCUGCUUACGUCGAGUACCUGAAUGGACCCUUCUUAUUUGAGAGUAUGUACGCAGAAGAUACAGAAGCUGCCAAGCUGGCUUACCUCCCUGGAAUGGCUGACUUGCUGGAGACAUACAAGAGUAAAUUUGUAUUAAUUUGUGAGAACCUCUUUGCCUAUGGUCUGAAAGAGCAUGAAAAGCGAGAAGCUGAAGUCUCAACCUUCUACGAGUGCCUUCAAGAAGCAAUACAGGACAGUCAACAGCAGGGCACAAAAAUAAUCCUAGAUUUUGAAAAUGACAGCCAGGGGCUGUUGGACGUGAUUCAAAACAUGAGUAAUUUUGAGAUUGCGGACUCUAAACUCGUAAAGUACAAUGAGGACAUCACUCAGCUGUCAGACACACUUAUGACCCUGGAAAUGCAGACAGUUGACCAGCUAGAGGAGCGAGUACACGACUUGCAAGGCAGCGGAGAAUUGGACCCAGUGUAUUUAUAUGUUGCAUCGGCACUUACUAUUCAUGCGCUGCUACUGAGGAUGAAGGCAUCGGCGUUGGCUAAAGGGUCAUCCGGGAGGUUAUUGGGCCGUUUUGUGGAAGCUGUUCCCUAGUAUAGGAUUUCAAGAUUCUAGUGGUGUAAUUCUUUCAAAGGGAUCGUUGCUAUGACUGAAAAAUUACACUCAUGCCCCAAUCCCAAGUUAGUCCACUUUCCUGAGCUCCCCACUGGGAGCAUGACUAUGGUAGCUCGUAGCAGAGUUCAAACCGGAUGCUUAGCAGAUCAGGUGGGAGGGGUUAAUUUAUUUAUUUCAUUAUUACCAAUAGAUUUUGCAGAAAUAUCAGAGGCGCUUUUCACAUGUCCUGUUUGAGGCACCGGGUGUUUUAAACCUUUGAUUAGGGAUGUUAGGGAAAGCAGAAACUCUAAGAGACUAUCUUCUGUUUUUGAGAGAGGCAGCAAGAAGCAGCACCCACCUUCCAGGAUUUAAACAAAAUCCUCUCAUAAUCCCAGCUGUUAGUUAUGCUCCUGAUGGCAAAGUCUUCAAGAAGCCUGCAGCCUCAUAAACCAAAUGAGAGACUUUGACACCUGGCUCUAAUCAGAGACAAAAUGUUCUCUAGUCAUAAUGUACAUAGAAGGUUUGAAGUGAUUUGAUGGAGUGAACUUCCUACAGUCUGUUAUAAAUGCAUCGCUCCAUCAACUCUUCCCAAAAGGAUUGAAUCUAAUCUUCCCUGACAUUUGCAUACCAGUGCAGAAAAGCACAUGCCUUUUGGUGCUUCAGUUUAAUUAAUUUAUCUGAGGUACCUUCAGUCCCCAGCGGUGCUGAUAAAACUGAUGGAUCAGAUCAAAAGUGUACUGCAUUUUAGACGCCUCCCUGGUUCUGAUCUGUGUUGUA